AUGAAGUUCUUCUACAUGGCCACUGUUCUUGCCUCCGCCGCCCUAGCCGUCCCUCAGGGUGUGCAGCGCACGCGUGAAGAGCACGUCAGGCACCAGGGAGAUGAUAUCAAGAAGACCCUCAGGAGACAGGAGACGGCCCAGUGUAAUGCUAUCCCGCAGGAGUGCAUCUCCAGCAUCAACAACGUUCUCAAUGGGUUUAUUGAGGCCAUGACUUCCGGGAAUCUCGUUGCGGCGUCGGGCGCUGCUGAAGCUUUCCAUGCCGAGGUGAAUAGCAACGGCUGCAUGCCGAAGCUUUCUGUGUGUGCUAGCAACAUGCCCAACAAUCAGCCGAGCAGUGCCCCCAGUGCCGCGCCGAGUGUCGUGCCGAGUGCUGUUCCAAGUGCUGUACCGAGCGCUGCACCGAGCGCUGCACCGAGCGCUUCACCGAGCGCUGCACCGAGUGCUGCACCGAGCGCUGUGCCGAGUGCUGUUCCCAGUGCUGUUCCCGAUGCUGUACCCAGUGCUGUUCCCGAUGCUGUACCCAGUGCUGUACCGAGCGCUGUACCAAGUGCUGCGCCCAGUGUCGUGCCCAGCGUGGCUCCUGGUGGUGUUGGUCGUGGUGUUUCAUGGUAA